AUGUCCUUGCAGACACGAGAUGAGUGGCUUUUCGUCGAUGAAGUUGGCGGCUUUUGCACUUUCAUCCGCAUCGAUUUCAAUAGACAACUCUACGGCCAAUGGAAAGUGGAAAACAAGAAGGCAAACAAGAAAAUCUGUCUGGUGAGCUGCACUUUACCAGAAGAUGGUGAGCUUCACUUUAUCUGCGAACAAGCACUCGAAGUCUCGCAGAUAUCAGAAAGAUUCGAAAAAGUCAAGGAAUCGAUCAGAAAACAGGCCGAAUUUGGAAUGAACGAGUACAUCGAGUUGGGCGACUCUGAAAGUGUCACAGGAAGAGUCUCUAAUCCAAGCAUUGGGCAAAAUCUGGCUAUUUCAGGAUACAUCUUUCAGCUGAAAAAUCCUCCACGAGCUGUCUGUGACCAUUUGCCUAAAUGUGCCCUGAAAAAGUUUCGGCCAUUCAAGAAAAGGAGAAUCAUCGAUCUACCGGAUGAGCUGGCUCUGUUCUACCCCUCAUGCUCAACCGAGGAACAGGUCAAAUACCUCUACACUUGGUCCCAAUUCGCUGUUUACUUGGAGACGCUUCGCUUCGUUUUGGGUGCCCAGGUGGAGUUCGUUGAGAGCGACACGUCAUCUUGUUUUCCCACCGACUCGCUUGUUUUGCUUCAAUGUCGUGAUCAAGGAAACAACUAUGUGACACUGCUUGAUUUUCCCAAUUCUCUCAAUAUUCAUCGAAAAUUCUCUUGUCUAGACUCAACUUUUAAACUGAUCGAAAUCGAGGGAGAGAUGGUUGACAAGUUGCUGAACGGCCCGAUCGAAACUCGGAGAUACUUGGUGGUCACUCAAAAUAACCCAAAUAAAUGGAGCAAAUAUGUGAUCGAUUAUGAUGGAAAUGUGAUUGCUGAUCUUUUU